AACACCAGAAUUCCAAAGGUCGGUAAUGCAGUUUUCAUUAAUAAUUUCAAAAUCUCUUGCAAAAAAGCGCAAUUUGUCAAAUAAAUCGUACAAUUUUAUGUUUAUAUUUGUUUAAAAUAUCUAUUUUAUGUAUUUAUAAUAUCAAACAUGAUAUCGGUGUUAAAAGUAGGAUCCAGGAAUUACAAAGAAUCUUCCCAAGACAAAACUUUAGAUGGACAAAUAAUACGCCUGGGAGAAAAGCAUAAUAUAACGCAACUCCAAAAUCUAAUCGAGAAGACUACAGCCAAGGAGUUAUGUUCUUUACUUACCUCUAAAUUGGGUCGCAAUGAUUGCACCUCCUUUUGGAAUUAUUUGCUGCUGGGCUUUAAACCCUCAAAUUAUGACUCCAAAGAAAAACGCUUUGCCUGCGUUAAAAGUUUCCUAGAUGGCUUGUUAAAAGUUGAGCUAAGCUAUAAACAAACUUAUGACUUGAUUACACGCCUGUGCCAAGAUCUAAAUACCUUUCCCAGCGAUCAAUUAAUAGAGAUCUUAGAACAUUGUAUUGAUGGCUUGCGUACGGGAGAUCCGAAAUGUGUUGGCUGGAAAGAUCUAUUGCCGGAAACCUUAAAUGUGCUUGCCUCAAUGCCGCAUUUAAGUGUUAAUAGUAUAACGAUGAGUGGCAAAGAAUAUCGUGAUAUGACGGUGAAGAAUCUUUGUGCAAUGAAAUGGCCAAGUGAGGUUAUGACACCUAUAGCAGAUAUGUUUAGAGAGCUACAUUUGACUCCCUCCGAAACUAUUAUUGUGCUUAACAAAUUUACCGGAUGUUUGCAGUCAUUAGCUCCAGAUGCUUUGCCAGCACUGUCAUAUCAAUUAUUCUCUAUGUGUUCCACAGCACCACAAAUUAUAAUACCCAUCUUAGCUUUAGAAAAAUAUUUUCAUCGUUAUUAUUACAAAAAACUAUUCUCCGAUAUGAGUAGUAAUUCCACCGAUUUUGAUAGUAUAGAUGCCUAUUCUGACAAGGAACUAAGAGAAGCGGAGGAAACCAUUUUACAUCAUUUGAAUUAUUGCACCCAAUAUAAAAUCAAUGAAAUACAAAUGUGUAUUGUUAUAAGAAAUUUCCUAGCCAUGCCCGAUGUCCUUUUAACCCCUUUUGUCUUGAGUGCCAUUUUGUCUAUGACUACAGCUAAUCGUGAACCUGAUUCUCGUUUAUCUUCAUCUGUCCUGUUACCCUUUAUGCGCAGUGUUAUACGUAAUAAUGAGGAGGAAAGUACUUUGUCUGAUUAUUCUGUUUGGUGUCGUGAUAGUUUACAACGUAAGCGUGUCGAUCUAGAUCAAUUAUUUACCGUAUUAAUUGAUCAAAAUAAGGAUGGUAAGGAUACGGUAACACCGGGUUUGGUUAAUUUAGUUUUUGUUUUAUUAAAAACUAAAAAUAGCCCUAAACUAAAUGAAUUGGCUAUUGGUUUCCUUACAAAGUUCAUACGUAAACGUUUUGUCUUCGGUCAGGGUAUAGUAAAACGUUUAGCGGAAUGGAUGAUUGUGGAACAGGAUCAAAAUCAAUAUUCUGAAUGUUUGACUUUGUUAAGUGUGGCUGAUACUUUUACCGUUUCUGAAUGUAUAAAGACUAUUAACUAUGUAAUGGAUUAUUUCGUAUGGAUUCCCGGUGAUCAAGCCAUGCGUAUGAUGUCUUUUAUUUUACCUAUUUUAAAAAUAUCACCCAUUGUGCGUGAUGCUUUUAUAGAAGUUUUAAGAAAAGCCAUGAGCUCCAGUGAAAUGAAAACUAGACGCAUGGCUGUUUAUGGUUUUUGUAUGAUUUUAAAACAACUAAACAACAGUAACUCCCAGCGCUCCCAAUUAAGUGCUUCGGGUAUGUGCACCCAACAUAGCAUUUCUGGUUUUUCCCUAAUGUCGCAGGCGACUUUGGGUAAUCGUAGUAAUCCGCAAAGACAUUUUGAUAUGUUGACUUUGGAAAUCAUAGGUGUGCUAAGGAAUUGUUUUCAUCAAUCUCUGGAUAUAAAAAUAACUUUAUAUGAGAAUUUACAACGAGCCGUUGAACUUAAUCCCAAACUGGUGCCUCAUGUUUUACAAUUCAUCGACUGGCAUUUUCGUUCAUUUUUUGAAGCUCCGGUAGAAGAGGAUGUUGAUCAAGUGUUUUCUAUUAAAUUUGAUAAAAUUGUUAAGGCUAAAGAUUCUUUGGAGAAUGAAAUUGAAAUUCAUGAUAAUUUGGGUAAAUUAUUACUGUUUGUUAGUCAUUGUUUGGUUAUAUUCGAAAAAUUCGAAACUGAAUAUGAUACCAGGGAAAUGAAACGUUUAAUUAAUGUUUCUUUGGAGAAAGUUAUUGGAAAGAAUGUUAAAUUUGAAGAUAUGACUGGUUCCCUAACCCACCUUAAAAACGAAUUAAUAUUACAACAACUUAACUUCAUUGAGGGUCUAAUGUCAUAUUGCGUUUUAACCUCGAAACAAAGCAAUGAACAUAUAAAACAACUAUUGCCGCUCUUCAAAGAACAUGAACAUCUUUCAGAAGGUUUAAAGACCUUAUCGAGUAAGAAAACACAAAAGAAAUCUAAAACUAACACAGAAGGUGAAAACACAACCAUAAAUAUUACUGUCAAUGGAGUACCAGUGAAAAAGAUACACUCACAACCGGAAAACAUAUGGGAUUUAUUUGUUAUCGAGAGAUUAAUGCGUUUGCUGCAUGAAGAUAUAGUGCCUUUUGCCUCACGCAAUAGUACCGCACCCUUACGUUCGAAAGUUUCCUUGGUGCGCUAUGUUUUGGAAGUGGCAGCAGCUAAAGUGGAACAGAUACGUUUAGAACCGGCCUAUAAGCAGUUGGCGCAUAGUAAGAGGACUUUAAAAUAUCUAACCGAUAUCUGUAAAGUGGUGUAUGAACGUUGCAUCAAACGUUUGCCUUCUUUGUGGCGAGAUUUCGAUUUAAAAACUGCCUCUUUGGCGAUGGAAUGCUUUCGCCAAUGUUUACAAACUGCCAAUGAAACAUAUAAAUCAAAAUUUUCUACCAUAUUUGUUAAGGGUUUCGAUUUUUAUAUGAUCGAUAAGAGUAAGGAAUGCAUACAGAUUUUACACGAUCUUAUGGAUGAGUUUAUGCAGGAGGAAUUUUCCGAGGAGACAAGCGCUAAUGAAUCCAUGUUAAAUGAUAGUGCGGGACGCAAGAUACCUUAUAAUUUGUUACUUAGUUUGGAGAUUUUAUAUGAUAAUAUAACAUUUGGCAAUCGUUUGACCACCGAAUCCUAUACAUGGCUAUUGAAAUUUUGUAAAACUUAUGAAAUCAAAUCCAAAGAAUUGGGUUUAGUGCAUAAGUUGUUGUUUAAACAACGACAGAAGACACAUUCGGGAGCUUUCUUUCAACUAAUACCUUUGCAUUUGGGUCAGGUGUGGUCUUUUGUGAGGGAUAAUGUAACGGAAGAAGAGGAGCAAUGCACCCAAUUAAAUGUUACUUUGAAAUCCAUAACCGAAACUACCGCCGAAAGCUGUCUGCAGUAUCUUUACGAAUCUUUGCGUAAACAAAUCGAAGAUGUAGAAUAUUUCAUUACAAAAGCCAAUAAUUUAAGUUACAAAUGUCGUAUUGUAACUGAGGAAGAUCGUGACUAUUGUUUAGGCUGUCUAAAGUCUAUGGAACGUUCAAUAUGCUCUCAACUGGUGCAUAUUUCUAAUACCUUGAAAAACCUAACAAAUGUUUGUUUGCCUUUGGGCUCUAGUAUGGAUGGUUUAAUGAAGUUACUAAUGCAGCAUUUUAUAUGUUUGAAAAACUUAGCCAAACAUUUUCUAACAUGUUGUGCCGGCGGUGUAAAGGUGUCCAUACAAGGAACCAAAUUUGAUUUAUUGCUGAGAGUAGUGGGUAAACCUUUACCUUCCAACAUUUAUGCCUUGAUUACUUAUAUUGAAAGUAACAUUUUGGAAGAGUCCACAAAAAAGAAAAUCAAUCCCCAGGCUGAAAAAGCCAAAGUUUUAAGGGAAACAAAGUUUAUACCCAAAAUUAUCUUAUGCAUAGAAAACUUUAAUAAACAUGUUAUAAUGUUGGCCAAAAAGACCAAUGAUCGUUUGGCUAAUUUGCUGCACUAUGGCACAGUAAGAGAUUUUCGCAUUAAGACCUCCGAUUUAAAGGCAGCCAUAGAUCGUACUCUAUCACACAGCAGUCAAAUUGAAAACGAUGAAACUCACGAAGAUGAAAAUGCACAAAACAGUGAGGAGGGAGAAAACGAAGAAGAAACUUUACUGCGGCAAAUAGAAGAAGAGUCCAGGGAAAUACAAUCCACCUCUAAAGUAUAUGAACAAGAAGACGAGGCAGCAGAAAACACAAAAAACAAUGAAACUGAUAGUGAUACUACCACUACUAGCAGAAGUUCAACACCGAUUGCUACCACCUCUAAAGCAGCACAAAAGAAAACUCAGGAGAAGUCUAAACAGGCAAAAGAAACUAAACCCAAAAAAAGAAAACUAACUGAUACCAGCGAAAAAGAUGAAGAAGUCAAAAAACCCGAGGAAAAACCGAAAAAGAAAAAACUGGAAAAGGAAAAACCCUCCAAGAAAUCUGCGAAAGUAAAAACUAUUAUCGAAAUCGAUUCGGAUAAUGAAAACGAAAUCACUGUAAUCACCGGUGAGGAAGCUGAAACUUUGGAUAAUGAAAGUAAUCGUGAGUCUUGUACUCAACUAAUGGAGAAUUUAGCAAAAAUUAAUGCUAAAACUGCCAAGAAACGUACGUUGCGUGAUUCUGAGCCACAAGAUCCAGAUGUUUUAUGUGCUCCUCCUCUGGAGCCGUUGCCUAAGAAGAGUAAACGUGGUCGUCAAACUAAGGCAAGGAAAUAAAUGUUUUUUGUAUGUGUACCUAACUAUUUUUUUAAAUUGCAUUUUUAAUUAUGUUUUUGUGUUUCGUUCUCUUGAAGUGUGUUUAAUAAAUUG